UAUAUUACUUGCAAAUUCUCCAUUUCUUUCCUCUCUCGACUCUUCUCUCUUUAUUUGUCACGCGACAUCGAAGGAGCAGAGUGUCGAAGAAAAAACAAAUGAUGAACGAGAAGGAAGAUAUCAUGUCGGAACCAUUCAUCGUCAAGACGAUUAACGAUGAAGAAGCGACACCUCGUGAUUAUGAGUUCAACCAUAAUAAUCCACAGGGCAAUACGUCUUUCUCCAAGACCUGUUUCCAUGGCAUCAACGCUUUAUCAGGUGUUGGUAUAUUAUCAGUCCCAUAUGCAUUAGCAUCCGGAGGAUGGCUAAGUUUAAUCAUACUCUUCACCAUAGCCAUCACAACUUUCUAUUGUGCCAUUCUCAUCAAGAGAUGUAUGGACAUGGACCCACUUCUCAGAACUUACCCGGACAUUGGCUACAAAGCCUUUGGAAACACAGGACGUGUCAUUGUCUCCAUCUUCAUGAACCUCGAGCUUUACCUUGUGGCUACUAGUUUCUUGAUCUUAGAAGGUGACAACCUUAAUAAACUCUUCUCAAACGUUGGAUUCAAAUUCAUGGAUAUAGAAUUUGGAGGCAAGCAGAUGUUCAUCGUCCUAGUAGCUCUUAUUAUCCUUCCCUCGGUUUGGUUAGAUGAUAUGAGAAUUCUUUCUUAUGUUUCCGCGAGUGGUGUCUUUGCUUCCGGCUUGAUUCUUGCCUCUAUCUUUUGGGUUGGUGCAUUUGAUGUAGUAGGGUUCAAGAACCAAGACUCAAAGAUGUUACGUAUUGAUGGAGUCACUACCUCCGUGAGCUUAUACAUGUUUUGUUACUGCGCUCAUCCGGUUUUCCCAACUCUAUAUACUUCCAUGAAGAACAAACACCAAUUCUCAAAUGUUAUGGUUAUAUGUUUCACAAUAUGCACAUUCAUAUAUGCAUCGGUAGCGAUAUUGGGUUACUUAAUGUAUGGAUCAAAUGUUGAGUCACAAAUAACACUGAAUCUUCCGACUGAUAAGCUUAGUUCAAAAGUGGCGAUAUGCACUACGUUGGUGAAUCCUAUUGCUAAGUUUGCCCUCAUGGUUACUCCUAUAAUCGACGCAAUGAGAAGCCGGUUUGUGCGUAACAAAAAAGCAGGCGGUUUAGUCCUUGGUACGAUAUUGGUAGCUAGCAAUGUGAUUGUGGCAUUGCUUAUUCCGUUUUUUGGUGAGCUCAUGAGUUUGGUCGGAGCAUUCUUGAGCGCAACUGCUUCAGUUAUAUUGCCUUGUUUAUGCUAUUUAAAAAUCUCUGGCAAAUACCGAAGACUCGGGCUGGAGACACUGGUUCUCAUUGGUAUUGUACUAAUUGGUAUUAUGGUUAUGAUAACCGGAACUUACAAGGCGGUAAAGGACAUUUUUGGCCGGUUUUGAAUUCCGAAUAGGUAAAGUCUAGCUUCUUGAGUUUGUGUAGAAGAAAUAUUUGUAAUAGCAAUACUAGUGUUAUUCUUUAAUGAAAGAAACAGUUCCGAAACG